CGGUCACAUUAUUUAUUUGAUGAUGCACUUCAGUAAAUCGCGAGACUUAAAUGGUCGGGCCGAAGGCCCGACCAUCGCCGCCGGCAGGCCAAGCAGGCCCGGCCCCUGCCGAACGGAGUUGCCGGCGCAGCGAAGUGGAGCUGGCAACUCCGUUUGGCGGAAGGGCGGGCCUGCUUGUUAUUCAGGAGCCUACAUAGUUGCAGUUGAUUAGAGUGGUAAGAUUAUUAAGGACUGUUUUAAUUGUUCCGAAAAGCUCAGCCAAACAUGUCAUCCGAUGAGGAUGCUGAUAGAAGCCGGGCCACACAAUACCGACGCCAUGGCCCCAAAAGAAGAAGACCUUCUUAUCCUAGUAACCAAGAAGCAGCAGACAGGCAAUCUUCCGAGGAUGAUCAAGAAGCUCAAGAUCCGGCUGAUGAACAUGGUUCUAAUCAAGAUCGACAUCAAAGUGGUAGUUUUGAUGAUACUGAAGAUGACCAUAGGGCAUCUGGCGUCGAUCAAGGUUGUGAUGAAGAGCCUUACCAAAGUGAAAGUGACAGUGUCAGUAUGUCUGGCUCAGACACCCGUUCAGAAGCUGAAUCAGAUUGGAGUGCAGUAGGAAAUGAAAGCUUUGAUGAAGAUGGUAAUGACAAUAAUACUUAUGAUCCAUUUAAUGAAGAGGAGGAGGAUUUCAUUAUUGAUGAAAAUCUUAGUGACUCUGAUGAUGACGAAGAUGACAUAGAUAUUGACAACUUCAACUUCAAUCAUGAGUUAUUAGAUCGUGAGAUAGGCUUCUCACAAGCAAGAACUGUGAGAGAUAGUUUUUUUCUUGAAAUUGCUCUUUCUAUCCGCCACCAUCAGACCUAUGAAAAUUUAAUUGACUCAUUUAAAGCUAAAAAUGCUUUAUAUGGUUCCAAAACGUUCCCCACUUCCAAAAAAGAGCUGUGGAUGGCUCUGGGGAGAAGCAAUUCAGGAGUACAAUUUCAUGCAUACUGUCCUAACUGUGGUGCUUAUAUAGAUAAGAAAAGCAAUCUUGUACAGAAUGCUGUAUGUCCUGAUUGUAAUACUACCAAACCCAUUUCAAAAGCAAGCUACUUUGUUACAUUGAGUAUUCGGAAACAACUUCAAUAUUUCUUGUCAAUCCCUGAAGUUGCCAGUCAUCUCAGAUACAGAGAAGAACGCGUGAAAGUUUCUGAAGAUGCCCUAGAAGACAUUCUUGAUGGAGAAUCUUACAAGAGUAUUCAAAUAGAUGGACAAAAUUUAGUUAAUUCCAAUAAUUUUACCUAUUCAUUCAGUAUUGAUGGCUGCAAACCUAGUAAAGGGUCGAAGACCAAUAUCUACCCUCUGUUCUUGAGAAUCAAUGAAUUGCCACCCCAGCUGCGUCAAAAAUACAUGUUUUUGGCUGUUUGCUAUGUUGAUGUCAAGGAACCGAAUGUUACUGCACUACUUCAUCCCUUUGUGAAAGAAAUGAACACAAUUGCUGUGAGGGGUAUUUCAUGGACAAGAAAUGGUGAGUUGGUUCUGAGCAAGUUCAUACCUACCUGCAUGUGUGUGGAUGGCAAGGCACGAGCCCAAUGUUACAAUAUGGCUAAACACAACUCGCACUUUGGAUGCACUUAUUGCACCUAUUUUGGUGUGAGCCUGGACACAAUGCGUUACCCCAAGCAACAUCAAGAUCUGCCUCCAUACAAAGAUCGUACUCAUGAUGAUAUGAAACGAGACAUGAAAGUUGCUCAAGAGAUGGUAAAUAGAGGGGAAAAGAAUGUUUCAGUCAAUGGACACAAAGGCUUUACACCUCUUAUGAAAUUGAAGUACUUUGAUUUAAGUAAGGGAAAUGCUUUUGAUGAUCUACAUAACACAUAUGAAUGUGCAGCAAAGUACCACACUGAAAUAAUCAUAAAAGACCUUCCAAAACUUAUACCUAGGAUGGGUGAGAAGGCAUUCCUUGACACCAUUGACUUACGUUUAAAAAAUAUCAAGACACCUAGCUGUAUAGCUAGAAAACCAGGUACCUGUCUGAUGAAAAAUCGAAGUCAGAUGCAUGGCACUGAGUGGCGCAACUGGCUAUUGUAUUUCGCUCCAAUCUGCUUGCAUGGGUUGGUAGCAGGUAGAUUUAUUCAAACUCUGGAGUGUCUCUCAUAUGCCACUUAUCUCCUUUCCCAAGACAUCAUCGCUCCAAAUCAUAUCAAUUGUGCUAAAGAUUUGAUAACAAAUUACCUUAAAGGCUAUGAUGAAUUUGGGCCUGAAAAAUCCAGGUUAAAUAUUCAUGCUCUCCAGCAUGCCCAUGUGUCAGUACGGAACUGGGGGCCUUUCUGGGCUUACUCUACAUUUAACUUCGAAAGUCUGAAUCAUCGAAUUAUGCAAACUAUUACUUCUCCCAAAGGAGCCAUCCACCAGAUUGUCAACAGACAUCUUAUAAAUUUCAGCAUAGAGCUUGCAACAAAUGAUGAUCAACGUAUUGCCCCAGAAAUAAAGGAUAUGAUGAAGCAAAUUCUUCACAAACGCAGGCAUUCUAACGCUUUGCAAGUAGCUGAACGUUCCUACUUUCUUGGAAGGAGUUCAGUACGACCACCAACUGAAGAAGAAUUGAGGGUUUUGUAUCAGGAAGGUUACCAAACUACGCAGCUACAAGUGUACCAAAAGAUGAUAAUUAAAGGAGUAACUUUUACCACUUCAGACUACGUAAAGGCAGAAUCAAAAUCUGAUGAUUCUACUGUGUUUACUUUCCAGAAUACAUUUUGCACAAUCAGAGACAUUUUGUCAUUCAAGACUGAAGAAGGAGAAGAUGUGUAUGGUUUGCUUGUCACGGAACAUGAAAUGGUACAAAGACCAACUCCACUAUUUCCCAUUGCCAAGCAGAUUUGUGAAGUGCAUCAAGGAGAUGUUGGUUUGCUUCACUUUCUGAAGAUCAGUGAGGUUCGUGCUCCUGUGGUAAAAGCGCCACUUUUAGGUAGUGUUUUCUUCAUUCCAAUUGCCAACUUGAAUGAAAUUGAUUGA